AUUUCCCGGAUUGAGUUUGGACGCCAUCUUUAAACCAGUGCUACCGGUAGUUAGAGAGUGGGGACGCUGAGCUGCUGCUCCACCAGGAACCGCCGUCUGAGACAGACCCACGGUCGAGCCUCUCCUUCAGGCCGCACAUCAUCGACAGCCCGACCUCGAACACCAUGGCAGAUCGAGAACACUUAGUAUACCAGGCCAAACUCGCCGAACAAGCCGAAAGAUACGAUGGACCUCGAUGGCCCAAUGGGUUUCUGGGUGCAUUCAACAUCGAGGAGGAGAGGGAGAGGCCAGGUGGACAAGACCAGGGUGCAGUUCUGGGUUCGGGUUCAGAAAGGAGGUAAUGGAUCCAUAUCUUGUUGGCCUUCAGGACAGCCUAGACCGGAGGUUCCAACACCGGUAGAUUCUGGGGUCCUUCAGUCUGUUGGGACCUCAGCCUGCUUUCUCUAGUGAGAGGAUAAACAUCUUUACCCUGACCCUCUUCUCCAGGCAGUUCUUGCAACCGCCAGAGGCUGCUAUGCUGCAAGAGUGGUUCUCUUACAAGCAACAUGUGUUUGUUGGAGCAUUCAAGGGCUUGGACCAGAUGAUGGCAAUGACAAAGCUGGCCUCUCAGUUUGAUGAGUGGAGGCCAUCUACACUUGCCUUAUCCAGCUGGCAGCAAUCGCACUGACUAUAUCAGUGUAUUCCGUUAAUUGUGAGAGGGACUUCUCUGCAAUGAAACGAAAAUGGUGGAGUCCAUGAAGAACGUGGCCGGCAUGGACGUGGAGCUGACGGUGGAAGAGCGGAACCUGCUGUCGGUGGCGUACAAAAACGUGAUCGGAGCCAGAAGAGCAUCCUGGAGGAUAAUCAGCAGCCUCGAACAGAAAGAAGAGAACAAAGGAGGCGAAGACAAGCUAAAGAUGAUCAGGGAAUACAGGCAAACGGUGGAGACUGAGCUAAAAUCAAUCUGUAACGACAUUCUGGAUGUACUGGAUAAGCACCUCAUUCCAGCUGCAAACACGGGAGAAUCAAAGGUUUUCUACUACAAAAUGAAGGGAGACUACCACAGGUACCUGGCAGAGUUCGCCACGGGCAACGACAGGAAGGAGGCGGCGGAGAACAGUUUGGUAGCCUACAAAGCCGCGAGCGACAUCGCCAUGAUCGAGCUCCCCCCGACUCACCCCAUCCGCCUGGGACUGGCACUCAACUUCUCCGUAUUUUAUUAUGAAAUUCUCAAUUCCCCUGACCGCGCAUGCAGGUUGGCGAAGGCGGCAUUUGACGAUGCCAUUGCAGAACUGGACACGCUGAGCGAGGAGAGCUACAAGGACUCCACGCUCAUCAUGCAGUUGCUACGCGACAACCUUACAUUAUGGACUUCAGACAUGCAGGGAGACGGUGAAGAACAGAGUAAAGAAGCACUGCAAGAUGUGGAGGAUGAGACCCAGCAGUGAGACUUUAUGGCCAAUACCCGAAACCUCCCUCUCUCUCUCUCCCUCCUAUUACCUCCCCUGUCUGUCCUACUACGUGUCACAGUGAGAGCUCCCAAACUUGGCUUUUACUCCGCCGUCCACUCGCUCUAUUUCUCCCCACCUCUUCUUUCUUUAAUUCUUUCUUUAUGUUCUAUCACUGUAUCUGUCUGUCAGCUCAUAGCCCCUCUGGGCUUCCUAGGGUUAUCUCUUCUGGUUUUUAUUUUCUUAUAAAAAAAAGUCCUAUAAAAUUCACCUAUUUCAGUGGGAAUAAUAUACUUCCACGUUAAAACACAAGAGAAAAUGUAAAAGCUAAAGCUUCGAGCUGUUCCUGGUUGUUACCUUUUAUUGAUUUUUAUAACUCCGUUGCAAGCCUGUAAGGUUCACGUCGUUCCCUUUCCUUCCUUUUUUUGUUGCUUUUUUUGUUUACAUUUUUGCCAUGUCAUCAGUUGCCAAGUGUGUUGCUUGGGGUCGUCAACGUUCACACAAUUUAACGAGUUGAUUUUUAAAACGCAAACGUUUGCUGUAACUCUUUUUCCAUAACUGUGAUGUCUUUGUGCUACUUUACGCUAAUCGUCUAAGCUUUUGGUCGCAAAUUAGGGAUGGUCGUGAAUUUUGACGGUUUUUAAAAGGGACAUUUUAAUGCCCUCUUUAUUUGUGAUUCUCUCUCGUUCGUUCGUUCGUUGCAAGACUCUGUUUUAUCAAUGGUGAUAGCUGAACUUCCCAUGAGUGUCUCUUUCUUUGCGAUCACCCCUCAAGUCCAGGGCAUGGACCACGCAUUUUUGUGCUCAAGAGGCUGUAGCGCUGCUUUUUUACUCAUUGCUGACGUAAGGACACGAUGGCUUGUAGCAGUUGGAGGGGGGGAAAAACAAGAAUCUCCCUCUCUCUGAUGUUAGGUAAAGCAGGUUUGCAUUGGCACUGUCAAAAGAAAAACAACCUUUGUUUAAAAAAAGAAAAACCUGCUUAUGUCAUCUUGUAUCCCCAUUCUGUUCCAGAAUGUUCCCUUUCUCUCUUUCUUUCUCUGUCUCUGUCCUGCCCCCAUAUUUUCUCUCUUGUUCAGUAUGUGUAACUUGAAUCUGAUUUGUACUACUGGAUAUUCUGACUGGAGCCACAAGCACUGUCUGUAUUCUUACUGAAACACAGCAUGGAAAUUAACAUUAAACUUCAAAUUUAAAAAAGGAACUUAAAUUAAAA